AUGCUGACCAGGAACAUUCUCAUCCUCUGCUCAUUGGUGCUGGUACUGGUUGAAGCGGACCUUGAAGCAGCUGAAGGGGGGUCCCAAGCCAUGUUUGCCACAGAUCAUGAUUCAACCUCAGAUGAAGCUCCAACUGAAAGCAUGAACCUGGUCUCACCCGACCUGCCCAACGAUGAGCUUCUGUAUUACAACGGAGCAACUGCAGAUGCAAGCAGCACCAGUGCUGAGGCGGGAAACAGCGCACCUCAAGUAAAUGACGUGCCCAAAGCUGAUGCACCUAAAUCCAGUAUGGAAGAAAAUGAUGAAGAGGAAGGCCCGGACUCAGAUGAGGCAGCGGUGGCGGCUGUCAAACCCGCUCCAGUCCCAGUCCAGCAGCGCGCCACCAAAUCCCAUAAUGCAUCAGCACGCAAGCGGAGCAAGCCCGUCUCCGCCUCAAAAAAGAGAUCAAGAAACCUGCGUCCCUGAGACGUGAACUGUGAGAGAAACAGGGCAGAGCUGCAAUGACAAGGCAGUGACAGAAGAAGGGAAAUAAUAACUAUACUGUUUAUGUUUUCAGUGGCAUUUUUUGUUUUGAGAAUCUUGAAUUAGACUUUAUCCUCUGUGACGUCCUGUGUGUGUGUGUGUGUGUGUGUGUGCAGCCUCAUGGGAGUUUUCCUGUGAGGUCUCUGUUAAUGUGAGCUACAGUUGUGCUUGCCAAAUAUUCUUCAGACUUUACCCAGAGGCAAGGCUGACCUGGACACUUUACAGGAUUGAUUUCGUUUUAGAUCAGACUAUGAUAUUGUUAUAGUAUGGACAUUUAUAGAUGGCUCUUUUUUGCUUGAUUAAUUAUAGGAUAGAUUUGAAUCUAAAAGUCUCAGAGUUGAUGAGAAACUGGUGCUGGCAUCCUCAGAUGUGCCGUGACUCUAGCCUUCGCUCUCCUCACAAUGACAGUGUUUCAAUCAAAAGUGUUUCUCUCUUUGUUUUCAGUUACUUUUUUUUAUACACAAAGUAUUUAACAUUGUUGAAUUUACAAAUAUUACAAUCAAUAACAUGUGAUUCUGAAACAUUUCUUUCUUUUUAUUGUACCCCUAAAUAAAAGCAAUGAAUAUGCUAAAUAGAAAUACAGUGUCUCUUC